AGGGGGUUGGCUGGAGCGCGUCGCUGUCUCUGCUGGGGGCUGACAGGCCUGCUGGCGGGCGCCCGUCUGGGACUGGAGACGUAAAGAAGGUGAAGAAGCUUAUUGGAUGAGAAGAAAAACGUCUUCAAAGAAAAACCCCCAAAAAAGUCCAGUUGCCUCUUGGAAAAAGCAUCUUUGGGACAACCAUGACCCUGGAUGACUUGAAAAUCUCCAUAGACAAUGGCGGAGGAUGGGAAAUGUUCCUUGAACUCAGAGGUUUCAGACUCCAGCAUCUGAAACAUUUCCUUUGAUUCUGAAGAUGACACAGUGAUGAGUCUUCCCAUUUCCAGCUGAGUUUUAGCUCUGGAAUGGCCAGCCAGGAAACUGAAGUUCAAAGACUGGUACUAGAUAACGAUUCAAUGAUAGAAGGAAUAAGUGACCAGGUUCUGCUGGCGAUAGUGCUUAGCAUCACAUUCCUUGUAGCACUGACAUACAUGCUAUUAAGAGAUGGGCAAUCAGAUAUUCAUCCAGAAAACCAAGAGUUAGUGAGGGCAGUUAGACAACAAAUACAAUCAGAACAGGAAAAUAGUGUUGGUGACAGGCAACGUUUCUAUACUGAUUUGUCCUGCCCGGUGUGUUUGCAACAGGCUACAUUUCCCAUUGAAACAAAUUGUGGACAUCUUUUCUGUGGUUCCUGCAUUAUUGCAUAUUGGAGGUGCGGAUCAUGGCUAGGUGCAAUACAUUGCCCCAUCUGCAGGCAAACGGUAACUUUAUUUUUACCACUCUUUGAUGAGGGACAAGAGGAUGCAGCACAAGUGCUUCAUGACAUUAGUGAUUAUAAUAGGAGAUUCUCGGGACAGCCAAGAUCGAUUAUGGAAAGAAUUAUGGAUUUACCUACAUUAUUGCGUCAUGCGUUCAGAGAAAUGUUUUCCGUCGGUGGUCUCUUCUGGAUGUUCCGCAUCAGAAUAUUCCUCUGUCUCCUGGGGGCUUUGUUAUAUCUUGCAUCACCGUUGGACUUUCUACCUGAAGCUUUGUUCGGAAUAUUAGGCUUUUUAGAUGAUUUUUUUGUGAUUUUUCUGCUACUCAUAUAUAUAUCUAUCAUGUACCGAGAAUUUGUGACACAGAGACUGAACAGAUGAAGAGAUGUCAGUAAUUAACAUUAAGGUGCAUUAAGUGAAUUAACUGUUUUGAGAAAAAUAUCUAGGCACAAUUUUGGUUAUUAAACAGCCUUCGUUUGAUCAUCUUAUGCAAUCAAAAACACAUCUUUAUUUCAAACAUAAGCCAGCAUAAGAUAACAUGAGAUUAUAAAAGUAGAUUAUGCAAGCAUGAGGAAUUAAUGUCAAAGUGAUUAGGGAACUGGAAAUGUGAUGUGCGAUAUUAAAAAGGUGUAACCCAUGCUUUUUAUAUGUUUACAGCAGAUGAAUGAGUAAAUGCCAUUUAAGCCACCAGCAGUGAUAAAAGGGAAAAUGUCUUGGAAUAUUUUAUUUGAAUUAGCUGGACAUGUGCUUAAAACAUUGUUUAAUGUUUAAUUUCAUAUUAAAUGUAAAGUUUCAAAAAUGGCUUUAGGUUGUGGGUAAACGGAUAAAGGGAUUUUAAUUUUAAACACGAUUGUUUAGAAUGCCUGUCUAUGCAGGAAAUGCUCAAGCAGUGCAGUUAUUAAAUAAGCUUGUGUUAUAACAUAAUAUUGCACCAUCAGAAUACAUUACAGUGUUGUGACUAUGUACAAUUAUGUGUUGUCUCAAUAUAAUUUUUCCCCAUGGAAUUGCACUGUCCACGGUGGAGAGGAUGCUGCCUUCUCCGUAACAAAUGAUUGUAUGUAGUAAGGUUUUGCAUUACAAUAUUCAACAUGUUUUUUGUAAAAGUAGAAGUUAGCCUAGCCUAACAUGAAGUUAUAUUAUGGUACAGUAUUAGGCAAAAGUUUAAAUUGCAACUGGCUUUUUUAAUCAGGUGAAAUUCUAAAUGGCAUAUUAAAUAAUAGCUGAUAGAGCCUUUAGCCGAAAUCUAAAACUGAGUUUUAUAGAAAGUAUACUUGAAAUAACAACUGGUAAUGGGGACCAUAGAUACAUGUUAUAUCAUAUAACCACAGUUUAUAUGAAAAGUAUAUAAACAUCCUUAAGAGUAAACCUCAUUGAACAUUAUAGGCCUUGCUUCUCAAUAAGCACACAUAAUUUCAGACUACAAGUCUUCUCAAGUUACAUUUCAUAAAACAUCAUGAAAUGCCUUGUUUAAGCCAUGCAACACUUCUUGAAGAAAGAGAAAAGGACUAACAAAUCUACAACGCUGGAGAAACUGUAACCUUCCAUAUGAUGUGAACUGUAACUUCCAGCUUUCCUUGCUAUUUGUAGUCCCGGUUUGGACUAAUGGAAUAUAAUAACUAUAAGUUCUCCAGCCUGCUUAUACUGCUUCAUUUCAUAUCCCAACUGGAAAUAUACUAACCUGUGAAAAACAUGCACUAUCUCCUUAGACAUAUGCAGAACAGUGUCUUUACUAGAUAUAUACAAAAAAGAGAAUAAGCAUAUAGGUGCUUGGAUUAUAAAGGGUGCUAUACAACAUUUAAUGUCCAAAAAUAUAGAUAUGAGCACUGAGCUAUAUGUGGAAUGUUCUUAACCCCUUAAGCAUCCAUAGAAUAAUUGUUUAGGUCUUGCAUUUUAGCAAAUACCUGUAGAGAAUGAAAGCUUUGUUGUAAGUUAGUAAAUAUGUUUUUUUAAAAAAGAAGCUGUGGAGAAGACCAGAGGAUACCCAUUUCUGGUCUGAAUUCUCUAUGGCAGGGUUGUCAUUAUAAGGACUUAUAUUGAACUUAAAAUUAUUAUUUGCCAGAUUUUUAUUAUUUUUAUUUAUAUCCCACCUUUAUUUUUAUAAACAACUCAAGGCAGUGAAUAUAUCUAAUACCUCUUCCUCCUCCUAUUUUUGCACAAUUUUUUUAAAAUUUUAUUCCCAUUUAAAACUGAAUUUUGAAUGCUACUUUAAUAUUGAAUAUUGACUAAUUUUAAACAUUUAAAUGCCAACACAAUUAUAAAUUAUGAUUAAAAAGUAAAGGUUAAGGUUCCCCUCGCACAUACGUGCUAGUUGUUGCCGACUCUUGUCGAUUGAAAGGUCGGCGGUUCGAAUCCCUAGUACUUACGGGACCGCCUGCUGUUACCUCAUGCCUCCCACCGACCCGUACAUUCACACAGAGAGGGUCUUCUCGGUGCCGUCCGCCAAACAAUGUUGGCUGGCGGCCCCCAGGGAUAGGGCCUUCUCUGUGGGAGCUCCUACACUUUGGAACGAACUUCCCCCUGGUUUACGCCAAGUGCCUGAUCUUCAGACUUUUCGCCGUGAGCUGAAAACGCAUUUAUUUAUCCAAGCGGGACUGGAUUAAAAGUUUUACUUAAUUUUAACUGGGGUUAGUUGUUAAUUUUUAGGUAAUGGGGUUUUAUCAUUUUAAUUGUAAUUUUAAAUUUUGGCCUAUUUAAAUAAGUUUUUUAAUUAGUUUUUAUUGUGUAUGAUUUCUGUAUUUUUAUCUGGCUGUAAACCGCCCUGAGUCCUUCGGGAGAUAGGGCGGUAUAAAAAUUUGAUUAAAUAAAUGUAACGGGGUGAGCUCCCGUUACUAGUCCCAGCUUCUGCCAACCUAGCAGUUUCGAAAGCACGUAAAAAUGCAAGUUGAAAAAAUAGGGACCACCUUUGGUGGGAAGAUAACAGCGUUCCGUGCGCCUUUGGCGUUGAGUCAUGCCGGCCACAUGACCACGGAGACGUCUUCGGACAGUGCUGGCUCUUCGGCUUUGAAAUGGAGAUGAGCACCGCCCCCUAGAGUCGGCAACGACUAGCAUGUAUGUGCGAGGGGAACCUUUACCUUUAAAUUAUGAUUACUGGGGAUAAUUGAUAGUAGGAGAAGAGAUCAUGUUUAAGUCUUAUUUCCAAUCAUAUAGCUACAGUUAGAGAAAAGGAAACAUUAUGUUCAUUAAUACUGACUUUUAAAAAAUCCAAGGCUUUCAAUUUGAUGAAAUUGUUGCCAAAGAAAUCUCCCAUUAUUAACAAGCUUAGUUGAUACAACAACAAUCUUCUUCAUAUACUCUAUAUAAAGUCUGGAUUUGAAAUGCCAUUUUGGUUUUUGCUUCCAUUUCUAUGCAGGGGUUCCAAGUGCCAAUGUCAAUAAAUGAGUACCGGUAUGUUGGAAUGUACAUAACUGAGUACAUUUGAGUAGUAUUUUUUGUAAAAUGGAUGUAUCUGUCUCAGAAUGCUGAAUGUGACCAUGGUCUAAGUUUUCUUUAAAAAUAUGGAACCAUUUUCAUUAUUUCUAUAAACGUAUGUCUUAAAUUUUCAAAGUUGUGACUGGAGAACUUGUUUGAAUGCACCUGCUGCAUACUAAAACUUACAUCAACUUGUUCUAUCCAUGUUUGAACUGAAGAAAAGGGAACAUGAUACAGUAAUUUAGAAAAAGAGGGUACUUUUAUACUAAACCUUGUAAUACUUCACUCACUCCCUUGUCCUCAAUAGCAUCUUGACACAGUUUCUUGGCUUACUCAGGUAAAAUUCUAGCAUGAUGUAGAUUUUGAAUGAGGUAAAUUUGGCAAGCACCAAUCCUGUGUUUCAAGGGCAGGAAAGAUAGAGUCAUAAAUUAUGAAACAGAAUCUCGAUCAUGUAUACAUGUUUACAAAGAAGAAUUAUCUUCAAAGGCCUUCAUGUGAUGUAAGUGCAGAGUCAAAAUAAUUAGCUGCUGAUUGCUUUCUGUUUUUAGUUUCAUUUUUGGUGAAAUUGAGGCAUUUAUUAUGCUGAGCAAAAUAGCUAUAUUGACAAAUAGAGCUUUAAUACCCUACUUUUUUUCUGUACUGAUGUUUUUCUUGUACUCUGGUCAACAAAUGCCCUCUUACAGAGUUUUGGGAUACCACCCCAGUGGGACAGCAAUCAGUAGCACAUAACACAUUAAGCUCUAAUAUGGCUUAUUUGAUUUUAACUUGGUGUGCUAUGUUGGCCUAGCUCCAGAUAAUUCAGUAAAUAUUUGUUCAAUAAAACAUGGCAUAACAAAUUGUCCUCAUGCAAUGUAUGAACCCAGCGUGGGUGUUCUAAUGAUGCUCGAAGGAGUCAGUUUAGAUGGUAGCAUGCUUUCCAAUUGGGGACAAUUUAGAACUUUUUUCUGGGAAUUUUUCUAAGAAAUCUUUCAUCUUAUGCACACAGCUUAGGUUAGCCCUUCUCAACCAAGUUCCUUCCAGAUUUUGGCAGGGGUUGGGAAAGAUGGGAAAGAAUUAGCUUUCCUAUUAUCUUUUUUCUUAGCUUAAUAUCCAUCUUCCAACAUAUACCCGGGUUGAAAUCUAUAGAAAUAAUGCUUGUUUACAUUGACUGUUAAUAUAUAGUUAAUUAAACCACACUCUGAUUGUUUUGUAAGAAUUUGGGCAAAAAGUAUCAUAAUGCCUCCAAUGUAGUUGUAAUAUAGAAAUAGGCACAUCAUUUUGCAUUACCUCAGAUGAGAACAGUUGCUUUUAUUGUGUAAGGUGAAAAAUAGCUGGAUUUGCUUGUAACUUGUCAAGAAAAAACUUCCUGUCAAAUCUUUGAUACAGUGCAUGAAUGAUCUAAUCUCAUUUUACAUGCUGCCUACAUAUUUAGAUGGUUACCACCAUAUACUUAUUGCACUAAUUUCUAAAAGGAAUUGAGAUUCCUUAUACAAAGGGGAUUCAAUCACCAGUUUACAUGCAGUAAUCAAAUGUCAGAUUCAAAUUUAAUUUUACAUUAUGUAUUUGAUUUAGAACUUUUUUUUUCCCUUUUAAAAACAUUACCCAUGGAGGCUUUAUUUUCAGGAUGGAUUAUACAUUUUAUGGCUCUGAAACCAUAGUAUUAUUAUUAUUGUAUGGAAUUGUUACAUUAGCCAGGAGACCACAAUGCUAUUGCAGAGUAGUAGAUUGGAUUGCAAAUUUACCAGCUCUGUUGUAGGACACACUUGUGUGCUUCCCAAGGUGCGCCAUAGCGGAGCAAGCUGGCUUUGCACCAGAAAGAAAGACGAGCAGCUCUUCCUGCAGUGUCAUCCAAGGCGCUCUCCCUUCCCUAGAGCCGCCUCAUAAACAGGUGCCACAACCGGAAAGGUUCAGAGCCAGCAGGAAUCUAACUGCCUGAACAGAGCACCAACUCGUCACCCCACCAAAGUAGUACCUAUUUAUCUAUUUGCAUAGAACAUGUUUUCAAAUUGUUAGGCGGACAGAAGUUGAGGCGAAUAACGGGAGUUCACCCUGCCACACGGUGCUAGGACUCGAACUGCUAGAGAAGAGACUAUCUCCAGCAUCAUUGCCACCGAGCCACAUCUGAAAUCCUACUGUAUUAAUCAGACUAAUAAAAAACAUUGGUUUAAGCUAUGCAGCCACCCUUUUUGGAAAAUGUUUGCAAGAUAAAAUAUUUAAUGGAAAAUCUGUACAGAUAGUGCUUGAUUUAUUACGACAGUGGAGCCCAAAAUUUCUGUAACUAAGCAAGAUAGGUGUUAAUUGAGUUUUGUCCCAUUUUACAACUUUUUAUAGCAGAGUUUAGUAAAUCAUUUGGUUAUUAAGUGAAGCUGGCUUCCCUCAUUGACUCUGCUUAUGGAAACCAGCUGGGAGGAUAAUAAAUGAUCACUUAACCCUGGGACAGUGCAACUGUCAUAAAUACAUGCCAUUUUCCAGGCUCCCAAAUUUUGAUCACAUGACCAUGAGGAUGCUGCAGUAGUGUGAAAAAUUGUCAUAAAUCACUUUUUUUCAGUACCAUUGUAACUUUGAACAGUCACUGAACGAAUGGUUGUAAGUCAAGGACUAUCUGUAAUCACAUCAUGCUAUCUAGUUGAACCCACAGUAUUUUAAAACAAUUUUGCUAUUGAUGUUGUAAUUAAAAACACUACUCUAUAUAAGAAUUAUGCUAAAAUGACUUUCAUUUAAGGAAGAAUUAUACUACAAUACUAUAUACAAUGAAGGGCAAACUCCACUGAAUACACUCUUGAGUAGGCAUAUAUCGUAUAUGGUUACAAUAUUAGUAACUAAACUUGCUCAAUAAUGGCCUGGAGACCUGAGGCUGUAGAUUACAUACUAUUGCAUAUCUUUUAUAGAAAAAUCUAAGCUAAUUUUUGUUUUUAAUGUAAUAAAACCAUAUCUGAAAUAAAUGUAUUCUGGCACUUUAUUUUCCUGUUUGUAAUACCAUGAUAGGUUUACAUUCUCUAAAAACAUGCUUAAUUUUUUAAAUAAUUUUUAUAAUUUUAUUAAGAGUUUUAAAAACAAAGAUUAAAAGCUAAUAUAAAUUAGCGAAGAAAAAAAUCAAAAGUGAAAGCUAAAAAUGCAAGAAACAAAAAACACAAAUGUUGGAAAAAAUACAAAGAAAUGGCUUCCAAUCUUCUUUACAGCAGUUAUAAGUAUAAUUCUAAAUUUACUUCUCUCAGAUUAAAUCAUUACUCUCUUUUUUCUAUAAUAUAUUCUGCUUAUUCAUCAAAAUCGCAAAUUGUAAUUUUUUCUGUUUUCCACAUAAGGAGUUUCCAGUCAACAGUAAACAUGGUAUUUUUUCUAAUCAAAAAACUCAGUUUGGCCAUCUCUGCAAGUUCUAACAUCUUUAUCAACCUUUUCUCCAUUGUAGAUAUUUCCAGAUCUUUCUAGCUCUUGCUGCAGUUAUAUACAAAAAAAAGUUCCCUGGCGUGUUCAUUUGUACCCAGUUGUAUUUCAAACUCAGUCUUACAUUGUUCUAAACCAUGAAGUCUUGUUGACUUUAAAUCUAA